GCGCCCCCUGGAGCCAGCGUGCACGGGAGAAACCGGUGCUCUGGGUCUGAGGAGCCCAGCAAGUUAGAGGACAGGGCCUGCCUCCUGCAGCGCCCCCUGGUGUGGAGAAGAUGCAAGGCCGGGAAGCCCCGGCGCACACCUGCCCCUGUGGCACGCUGCAGGCUGCCGCCCGGUGCGAGAUAAGUCCCCAGAGAGUCACCUUUGAGCCUUGCACUCCUCACGUCUCUUCGGAGCCCGACUUAACCGGACUGCGCCAAUCAGAACGAGAUGCCUAUGAGUCGAUUAUGGAAUUUCUAGAGCAAGAACGGAUGAGCGAGUUCUCCAAGCUGAGCUUCCUCAGGGCCGUGGAGACCCUGAGCGGCGUGGUGCGCACGCAGCCGGACGGCAACAUGAACGACUACUGCCCCAAGAACGUGCUGGCCAAGAAGGUCAAGAUGCUGAUCCUGGAAGAGUCCUUUGAGGUCCUGGACAGCAACGUGCGCCAGCAGGCCAUGCUGUGCAUCGUGGCCCUGAGCCAGGUGAACCCCCCAUUCCACCUGUCCCAGAAGCUGGACCUGGUCAAUGCAGGCGUCGCCAGUGUCUUCUCUCUGCCGCUCAUCAUGCCCAGCCUGGACCGCAAGGACAGCGCAAGUCUCUACCUGCAGACGGUACAGGCCCUGGACGACAUGCUGCACGCGCUGGUGAUGGACGACCUGAACCCCGACAUGCGUAUCCUGCAGCACUUCCUGGAGGUCCUCUUGCCCUGGGUGACGCUGUCAGACAAAGUACACGAGCAGACCCGGGCCUUGGGCGCCAUGUCCCGCUUGCUGAGGUUCAUCUGCAAUUUCCCCGAACUGUCGCACAUGGCGGAGUUCUCCAUGUCGGGGACCCUGAUGGGCAUCUUGGGCCUCUUCUGCUUGCACGACAACCAUGACAUCAGUAUGGGGGCGUCGGAGGCCUUGCACUACUUGUUCAAGAUCCUUGUGCUGCAGAGAAGCGUGAAGCAGAAGACCGAGGGCACCCUGAAGGACCUGCAGAAGCACUUCCGCGGGGAGUGGCUGGCCAGCAUGCAGACUCUCACCUGGUUCUUCAAGAAAUACCUGAGCCCCGACGAGAGAGCAGAUGUGUUCCUGGUGGCCAUGGAGACCGUGGCGAGCGCCCACGUCCCUGAGGUCUAUGCCGCAGCCCGCAUGUUGAAGAUGAUCCUCAAGUACCCGCUUCCCGAGAUGGGGAAGGUAGCCCGGGGCUCCCCCUGGGCGUCCUGCCCCCCUCAGUCCCUCAGUGCAGGCAGAGAGGGCCGGGGGGGGGGGGGCGGUUUGCGGGUAUGGGGCCCGCCUCCUCCAGGAAGGGAGAAGGGCGUCCGCAAGCCCUGGGAGAUCCUGGCGUCCUUCCCCAAAGGCUACGAGAUGAUCAUGGAGCACUUGCUGCAGAGGCUGGUUCCAUACCGCAAGGCCAAGGGCCAGGAGCCCGGGCCCCGCACCGUCAUCUCCCCGCUGAUCGCCACCAGGGCCAUCCACGAGCUCCUGCUGGAGCCCAGCCGGCGCAUGGAAGUGCAGUCCGCCUUCUCCUCGCUGUUCACGGCGCUGCUGUCGCAGAUCUCCUGCCUCGUGCUGGAAGACUGUGCCGACAUCAUGCAGGACCAGCAGCACGUGACCGAAUGGGUGGAUCCCUUGAGCUCCACCGUGGAGGCCCUGAAGACCCUGAUGCGGUGCUCGGGCUACGCGGACCACGUGUCUUACGUCCGGAAGCUGGGGGGCUGGGAGCUGCUGGUCAACCCCGAAAGACACUACGACGGAGUGGCUGUGCUGGCCAGGUCGCUGGUCGUCAUGGACUGCUGGCACAACUGCCCCCUCUUCAGCCACAUCAUCAGGCUCCUCCAGGAGCCAGACUGCGUCAAUCACCUCACGGCCCUGGUGUUCCUGACCGAGCUGCUGCAGUGCCCAGAGGUGGCGGCCACCGUGGACGACAUCACCACCCACGUGCUGGCGAACUGGUUCAAGAGCGAGGAGCCCGCCACGCUGAAGGUGUUGCUGCACACGGCAGAGGUCUUCGCACAGCACCCGACCACGGAGCGGAGGCUGCGCAUCCUGCAGCCCCACGUGCUCAACUGCUGCUACUCCUCCGACGGGGACAUCGUCAUGGAGACGCUGCUGGUGCUGCGACGGCUGCUGCAGCACCUGAGCUGGGCGGCCUCCUCCGCCUUCCUCAUCCAGCUCUCCUUCACGCUGGCGCCCUUCUUUGAGGAGGAGCUGGAGCACCUGCGCUUGGCGGCCUUCGAGAUCUACAGAAGCCUCCUGGCCAAGGUCAAGCGCAGGACCCUCGUCUUCCCCUUGAGGCACCAGGUCCUCAACUUGGUCAUCCCCCUGGUGCUGCACCUGAGAGAUGUGAACAUCAACGUGGCUCAGGUCUGCCGGCUCGCCCUCAACCACACGGCUGCCUUGCUGGGCUGGUCAAGGCUCAAAGUGCUGGUGGCCGAGGAGGACGAGUUUACCAUCCUCAGAGCUCUGCUGCAGCAGCAGGCCAGCAAGGCCCUGUGGUUCCUGAGACAGAGCGUGGCUCUCUUCAAGAGCUCGCAGGCCCCUAUCCGCCAGGUAGCCGUGUGGUUUGCAGGCCAGAUUAUGCAAACCCUAGGCAUGGAAGAGGAGGAGGGAGUUGAGGAAGCCUACACAGCCCUGAGGUCCAUGCGGAAAGACCCCGACCCCACGGUCAGCUGCCUCACCAUGCAGACCCUCUACGUCCUGGAAACCCACCGGCAGCAGGCGCUGGCCAAGGCCUCCGUGACCUGUUUCUGCAGGCGGCGGGCCCGCAGGAGCUGCCUGUGAGCCCUGCUCGGGACUGUCCCUGCCGCAGGCUGUGAAUAAAGGAGAAAGCGCGCACCCCGGUGAAGCAGGCGGCUCGUCUCUCGUUCUCGGUGUAGCGGGUAAAGCCGCCUUCUCUGCGGAGACAUCUGGGCCGCUCCCAGCUCUGCCCCUGCUCCCUUCUCCCGUGCAGCCAAGCGUUCCAAGGCCAGGGCAAGCACUUGUUCUUGAAACCACCCUGAACCGCAGUGGGAGGCUGGGGUAGGCAGGUGUCUUGGGCUCGCUGUGCCCAGCCGUGCCCUUGAUGGACAGCAGCUCCGCUCGGGUUAGUUCAAGCAGCAAAGUGAUAAGGGGUGGGCUAUUAGUGAGCCCCCUGCCCAGUAUCUGGGACACCAGAGGGUCCGAGUCCCAGCAACAGGGCUGCUCUGUGAGAACACCAGUGUCUGCCCCUCGGUGCUGCCCAGACCUCUGCCCCAGGGACAACACUCGGGCCGGACACCCGAAGCUUGGCCACUGCUCCUUUGGCGAGCCCCAGGCUCCCGCCCUGGUGCUGGGAGGAGGGCGGGGGCAGCACCUGCCAUCUCCCGCUGCAGCCACUCUUACCCAGGUUGGCCUGGCAGUCCGGGUGCCUCUUGGGUGCCAGGGUCACAGCCCCUCACCACCCCGCUCCCCCACCCAGGGUGUCACCAGUGACCCCUGACCUUGAGCCCACCUUGUCCUAGGGAGAACACAGAACAGUAGCCCCAUGUCCUAAUAAGCAAGCUCCCACAGGGCUCCAUCACCUGCCCCCACACCCUGGGGGCACACGGAGCUCCCGCCUCACUGGCCCUCUCUGCCUCCGUGUACCCCCUCUCAGGGGUGGCCACAGUCCUCGUGGCACUGUCCCCCAGCCACCCUUGCAGACAAGCUCAGUGUGGUGUUGAAGGCCACACGUGUGGCUCCUCUCAGCCUGCUGCCAGGUCAGCCAGCGCCCGCCCCCCGUGGGGGCCUUACCUGCUGAACCUGUGCAGAUGGAGGUGAACAGACACCCCCCCAAGCACUGGGCAACACGCUCCUACCCCUGCACUGCACCCCAGGGGCGGUCUCGCUUUGCAACAAGCAGGUCGGUAGCAUUAAAGACCUGUUCUCAUAGAUCUGCUUGAUCCUAACUGGCCAGGGUUUCCCUGCGAGGGGCACCCCCACCCCCACCCCCACGAUGACCGCUGCCUCCUGCAGGCUCCAGGAACUCACUGGCUGGCUCUGGUCCCAGCCGCGGGCUGGGCAGGUAGCAGGGACCUGUGCAGCUUGAGGAAACUACUUGGGUUUGUAUUUGGGAAACAGAGCUCAUCGCCCUGAUAGCAAGGCGGCCGGUGAUGAGGAGGGGAGUCCUGUCCCACCCCACCCCCACACGCACCCCCCACCGGGCAGAAUCCCCUGGAGUUGAUGGAGUGACUCAUGGGUAUCUGCAAGGGAUGCGGUUUUCCAAGGACUUAAGGACACAAGCCCAAGACCGGAGUAGAGCCGUCUCCUUCCAAGCCAUUGCUAUCUUUGUCUUCUCUUGUUAAGAGGCAAGGGAGGGCAGUGGGUACGGUCCACGGCAGGCACAGCGUGCUGCCGCCUGGGGCAGGGCUGGCUGUGCCCUUAGAAGCCGUGAGCCUGGCUUAGUCACUCCCACCCUGAGACCUGUCUCGCUUCCACGGAGGCUGGGGGAGAUGGAAGGAAAUGCGCCCUCGACAGCACCUGGGCCACAGCAGGUGUCGGACGUGGCGGCCUUGCCCUUGCAGCGACCACACCUGCCCCGAAGGC